AUGUAUACACGAUACAAUGUAUUAAGAAACUUUGUUCAAAAUUUCAUUUCAUCGAAUGCAUAUAAUCGUUUGGUUCGCUUUCAAUCAUCUGCAAGUAAUAUUGCAACCAACACUAUUCAAAGUUCCAAUUUAAAACCAACGGGUCGUCAACAAACCGACGAUAUCUUUCUUGAUUUAACAACUGAUUAUAAUCGUAAAAGAUUCGUUCAAAGUGGACUAGUUUCGAAUGCUAUUAAAAGCAUUAAUAAUUCUAUCUCUGAAAGACUUAGCUUACUAAUACUAACAGUAGCUGCUCGCUGUGUUCAUCAUGUUACACCAGAAAAGCGCGUUCAACUAUUAGAAGAAGCAUGGAAGACAUUAAAUGAUAAAAAGGUUCGACUGACAACACGCCAUUAUGAAACAUAUUUAAGUGGACUUAAUGAAAAUGGUUUUAUAUUUGAUGCGGAUUAUUAUUUAAAGUUAAUUAAUGCUGAAAAAAUACAAGCUACCCCACGUCUUUACAGUCUACUUUUAACUCAAUAUUGUCGCGAAGGUAAUACUGAUCGUGCACAAAAUUUUUUGAAGAUGCUUAAAGAACGUAAUGUUAGCAUUGAUGAAGAUAUUUUUGCUGCAUUGAUUGUUUGUCAACUUAAACUUGGCAAUGACAAAGGUGCUAAUGAUAUAAUACAAAUAAUGAAGGAACGCGGUUUACAACCAACUAUAUCAACAUAUAAAGAAAUUUUAACAGCACUUAUUAGUGAACAUAAAUCAGAACAAUUUGAAUAUUAUUUUGGUCAAAUUGAAUCUCAACAACGUCAAACAUCACCAUCAACAGUUUAUAUUGAUGCGCAUUUUAUUGUUAUCUUACUUGGACAAUGUAUUUCCUAUAAGGAACGUCCAAUAUUUGAUGUAUUAUUAAAUGCAUUAAAAGAACUUGAUCAUGGACGUAUGCCUAACAAUUUAUUUAAUUUAGCUAUACAAUGUUUAACAAAUGAAUGGCAUGAAGCUGCUAUUGAAGUAUUACAAAUGCAAUCAGAAAGUGAAACAAUUGAAGAUGAAGCAUCACCCUAUCAGGGAAUUAAUGGACGACAUUGGAUACUCUUUUUCAGGCAACUACUUGAUAAUAAAGAACCUCAUUUAAUGGAUAUUUAUCUUAAAUUAAUGAUGGAAAAAAAUUUGGUACCACUCGAUGGCAUUCUUCGUGUUUUAUAUACAGUACCAAAUGAAAAUCAUCAAUUAGCACUUGAUUAUCUUGAACGUGGACAAAAAAUAAAUCAUCCAAUGCGCACAAAUUAUUUUUAUCCACUAUUAUUAAAUAUCUAUUCAUCAAAAACAAGUCAAGAUUGGACAGAUGACGAUCGGUUACGUUUAUUUCGUUUACUUGAACGUUUAUCUAUUCCAAUUGAAUCAUCAACAUAUUCACGUUUUAUUCAAUCAGCAUUUCAUCAAUAUUAUCAGAAUGAUUUUAAACCACUAUUAACUAUGUUAUCAAAACAUAAUUUACAAUCAAUACUUGAUCGCAUCUGUCGUUUAUUAUUAAAUGAUGUUCGACAAAAUACGCUCAAGUUGGGUACCAUUGAACAAGUAGCACCAUUUUUUCGUUUGAAUACUCGCUCACGGCAAGAAGAAUUCGCUAGACAUUUAUUUACAAUAAUGAAUAAUAUGCCGAAAAAAUCAGAUAAAUUCACUAGCGAAGAAAAUGAUGCAAGUGCACAAUCAACACCAAUCGCCGAUUACACACCAAUAUUUCGAUCGAUUGAUUCAAUAGCGAAAAAUUUAAUAGAUGAUAGUCCAAUGUUUCGGCAUGAAGUAUAUAUGAAUUUACUUCGUUAUUCAGCUCAAAAUCGUCGAAACGAUAUAACAUCUCUAUUAGCUGAUCGAUGUAUACAAGAAAAUAUUAAAAUAGGAAGUUCAAUGAAUGAAAUUGACACAUUAACUGGUUAUACAUUAACACGUGAUAUUGUUGAACAAUUAGCACGUUAUAAACCAGGUGAAAUGUCAUGGAAAGAAAAACUUUCAGCUAUGGAUUUACAAAAAGCAAAUCGUCAACAAUUAGAAGAACUCUAUCAAGAAGCAAAACAAGAUGGAAAACAUCCAUUUUAUUUACAACAACGAUUGCUAGAUGAUUAUACGCAAAAGAAAUCUUUAAAAAAAGCGUUUACACUUUUACGUGAAAUGGUUGCCAAUAGAAAUCAGAUUCAUCCGUCGGUUUAUCAUCGUUUAUUUGAUUUUCUGACUGUUCUACUUGACGAUAAAGCUGAUACAUCUAAAUUAGAACAUAGUGAUGAUUUAAAAUUCUUAGUUGACCAAUAUGAAAAAUCAUUCGGCAUUAAGAAUUUACCAACGGAAUUAGCAUUUCGUUUAGCUCAUAUGUAUGUUCUUAGUGGUGAUCAAGAUAAUGCAAUAGAAACAAUUUCAACAAUAAUAAAUUCGGAAUUAAAUAAUGAAAUUUGUCAGUAUUUAAUGAAAUUUCUUAAAAUCAACGCAUCAUCGUUGACUACUGACGGCUUAACAUCAAUUGGAAAUCUGUUUCUUGGUUUUCGUAUAAACGAAACAAUCAGAGCGUUUUGGACCUUAUUUUUCAACAUUCUAUUAGAAAAAACAAGCCCACAAGAUAUUGUACAAUACUAUUCCGAUGCUAUGAGAGAAAAUAGCAGUAUACCGUAUCUUCAUCUUUUCAAAUUGUUUAUUGAAAAAAAUGAAUUAAAUCGUUUACAAGAUAUUGUUGAUAUCGCGACAUUACAGCAUGGAUCUCGUAAUGUUUUACAUGAUCUUGCUUUUACAUUGAUCGAAGCCGGAAAAAUAAAGGAAGCUGAAAAAAUCUUCCGAACACCUUGGCUUAAAGCACGAAAUACUCGAAUUAAUUUACAUGCUUUACUUUUGGCUGAUUCAAAUAAUCUCAAUGCAUUGGUCGAUGCUAUUAAGUUAACACGAAGUUUAUCUGGUGUCAAUCAAAGUCAAUUAGUUACAGCGGCAAUCCGUGUGGCUUUACGUCUUGAUCAAUCCGAUAUAAUCGCUUGGUUGGUCACAGAAAUUCAAGAAAAUAAAAUCCAACUUGAUAUUCGAAUAAAAAAAUACCUCGACGCCCAUUUGCUAUCAAAAGGUCUUGAUCCAUUGAACAUUGCCACCUAUGAAAAUCAAAAGAAAGGCGAAAAAGGUUCAAUGUCUUCCAAUGAUGAUGAUGUCUCCGUCCAUGAGCAACACAGGAUGAGUGCUCAAAAUUAG